AUGGUAGAUUACGAGGCCAAGAGGGAUGAAUGCGUAAUUGUCGCUUUGGCGAGCCGCAAGGACCGCAGGAUCGUGACAGUUCGUGACAGUUGUGCAAUUAGCGUGAUUUCGCGCGUGCUCUCGAGGAUUCGCAAUUUCGAAACCGAAAUGGAACGAAAAUAUCAGAGGGUUGGUUUGGGGGUGGGCGCAUUUCACAAUCCUCCAAGGGCGAAAUAUAGCGAGGAAACAAAGAAUCUCAUUAAGCUGUUAAUGGAGGAAUCCAAGUUAUCAAUGAUGCAAAGAAAAAUGAUUCAGGAGGCGGUAGACAAGGGCGAGUCCUUACCACCUUCCAUCGACAAAACGAAAAAAACGAAAGCUAAAGUCGAAAAUUAUCAAGUUAAAUUUCCUAAUGCUUGGAGGAGGCGUUCACAGGAUACGAUUAUAAGCAGCGGUGCUUACGAGAGAGAACAAUACAGGAGAACAGCGCCUUUACCCAAUAAGGAGAAACAAAAGCGUCACUUGGCAUGUAUGAUGGCUUUUGGAAAGGACAUGCCGGAGACUCCUCACGGUCCUAAGAUUCUUCACAGGGCUAAACGGGAGCCAGAAAUACCUGAGAACGCGGAUUUUCUAAACGAUUUGGCGCAAGGGAUUCGCGAAAGAAUAGAUUUCUUGAACGAUAUGGAGAAUCUCGGAAUGGGGAAGAAAUAUCGACCUAUAAUACAGCAGGAGAUAGCGCAGAAAAUACGGCUAAUGGAGUCGCUGGACAAUCAAACGUCCGAUCAGUUACGAAAAGAAGAAUUUUAUGAAGUUAAGGACGAAAGACCGUCGUCAAAAUUAUUUCCAUUGACUGAACCGGGACAGAAUUGA